GAGAGAGAGAGAGAGGUAAAACGCAUCUUCCUGCUACAAGGUCAGAGAGCCGGGCCGCCUGCAGGAGCCGCGCCGCCGCUUUAUCCUCAGAAAAGUGACCAGUGAGCGUUGAACCCGGCCCGUGAUGCCGCCGCCAGCCGCAGGUCCGCCCGCCGUGCCGCCCCCAGAUGGCGGCUGGGGCUGGGCCGUGGUGUUUGGGUCCUUCAUCUCCAUCGGCUUCUCGUACGCGUUCCCCAAGGCCAUCACCGUCUUCUUCAAGGACAUCCAGAAGAUCUUCGGCGCCUCCUACAGCCAGAUCGCCUGGAUCUCCUCCAUCAUGCUCGCCGUCAUGUACGCCGGCGGUCCCAUCAGCAGCAUCCUGGUCAACACGUACGGCUGCAGGCCCAUCAUGAUGAUGGGCGGCAUCUUGUGCUGCAUCGGCAUGGUCUCAGCCUCCUUCUGCAACGACGUGCUGCAGCUCUACAUCUGCAUCGGAGUUGUCGGCGGACUGGGUUUAGCCUUCAACCUCCAGCCGGCGCUCACAAUGAUUGGCAAAUAUUUCUACAAGAAACGUCCCAUCGCUAACGGUCUGGCGAUGGCGGGCAGCCCGGUCUUCCUCAGCACACUGGCUCCUCUCAACCAGUAUCUCUUCAAUACCUUCGGCUGGAGAGGCAGCUUCCUCAUCCUGGGCGGCCUGCUGCUGAACUGCUGCGUGGCCGGAUCCCUCAUGAGGCCUCUGGGGCCGCCGCCCGGCAAGGUCAAGAAGGACGAAGAGUUAUCCGCCGUCAGUACCACGAAGAAGGAGAAGGCCACUGCCUGGGAAACGAUCAACAAGUACCUGGACCUGUCGCUCUUCAAGCACCGCGGCUUCCUCAUCUACCUGUCAGGCAACGUCAUCAUGUUCCUGGGCUUCUUCGCUCCCAUCGUCUUCCUGGCAGCCUACGCCAAGGACAUGGGCGUGGACGAGUACUCGGCCGCCUUCCUGCUCUCCAUCCUGGCUUUCAUCGACAUGUUCGCCCGGCCCUCCAUGGGGCUGCUGGCUAACUCGCGCUGGGUCCGGCCCAGGAUCCAGUACUUCUUCAGCUUCGCGGUGCUCUACAACGGCGUGUGCCACAUCCUCUGCCCGCUGGUGGAGAGCUACAGCGGCCUGGUGGUGUACGCCGUCUUCUUCGGCUUCGCCUUCGGCAUGGUCAGCUCGGUGCUGUUCGAGACGCUGAUGGAUCUGGUCGGGGCGCAGAGGUUCUCCAGCGCUGUGGGACUCACCACCAUCGUGGAGUGCUGCCCAGUGCUCUUCGGUCCACCACUAGCAGGGAAACUAGUUGAUGUCACUAAAAGCUACAAAAGCAUGUAUUUUUGCUGUGGAGCCGUAGUGAUAUUUGCCAGUAUUUGGCUCUUCAUUGGAAACUUCAUCAACUACAGACUCUUGGACCGUGAGCGUAAGCGCGCAGAGCUGUACAAGCGGACUGAGACAGAAGAUCCUGACCAUGUGCAGGACCAGAAGGAGGCUGGCGGGGACGCCCAGGCCCCGGUGGAGCUUGUCGACAAAAGUCCGAAAAGCGAGGAGCCCAUGCAGCGGGAGACAAACAUCUAGAGCCUUCCGUCCUGCCAACAGCCCACCGUCACAGCACCACAACCCCCAACGCCCUCGUCUAUGAUCAAACUGAGCUCCAAGCCAAGAGGUGCCUCUCGGUGUGCCACCAGGCUCUAUCUGGGGUCCUCUGCACUUCUCUAACACUAACUGCCAAAGUAAAAACUGUGUUGUAGGAUGCUGUGUGGCGCAUCUGUCUUUGAAGUAGCAACAACUAUGACUGACACGGAAAUAUCAGCCAGGGAGAGAAAUGUGUAAGAUAUGCAUGUUUGGAGGACAAAGGAAUGAGUAAACGUCUUUGGAGAAAGAGUAGUACUACCUGUAUUUUCUCUCACAUUCAUGCCACGUUCACGUCAUAUCGUAUUUACUGCAAAUACCCGCUGGCAACUAGGGAAAGAACAUUGAAAUCCUCAUGGUAAUUACAUGUAGGACAAGAGCGGGACAAAUUCCAAAGUAACUUGUUAAAAAGACGACUGACCUUGCAGUUGCCAUCUCAGAUAUGGGCGUUCAAGUGUUAAACAUGUCAGCGCUUCCCAGUCGUAGCAACAUGACGAACGCCCAAUCCUCGUGUCCGCCUUUUCCGACAUGACGUGAACGCAGCAUCGGCUUGUGCCACUUUUCCUACCGCACCAGCAGCCUGAACUCACCUGUUCUCAACGAGGCCUGUGCAUCCACAGAUCUUGAACUCGCUGAGACACACUCAAGUCUGAAUGCAGUAGCUGCGUUCACCAGCAGGACGGCCUGGUGGUUAGAGAUCACUCUGGAACUUGGAGGCCACGGGUUUGAUGGUCACAGCAGCCGGAGUUUGAGGUGUUGUGUGACACGCUCUACCCUAACAACACGUUCACACUGCAAACAACUCGGUCCAUGUGUCAUAAUAUUCUGCCCAAUUAAGGCCUGAGGCUCUUUUUGGCACCUGUAUAUUGAUCUGCAGCUACAAAGCCACAAACAGGCAAAUUAUGUGAUUUUUGCUGCUUUGGGAUUAACAUUUUGAUGAGUUAACUUAACAAACAAAUGGUAAUCAGUUAGCAUGAAUCAAAAAAUAAAGAGGGAAAAGCUGAAUAAAAUGAGCUAACCAUUGAUCCCAGCAAUGGAUACCAACUGCUCACGAGAUGCUUUGCUUUUGAGACAAUCUUUACCGUCAGAAAUUGUAGAGAGCUGGGAAGCUUUAAAAGGCUGGAAUCUACUUCUCAUUUAUUUUGAUUCUUCUCAUGAGACUAAAUGGGUAAGAAGCACUGAAAUCUGACAGCCGGUGACCAUGCAGAUAGUAUCUCGGCCUCCAGGCUUGAUUAAGGUGCACACAUCGGCCAGAUUUCCGCGCUCGAUCAGCUUUGUGACAAACGAAUAGAUUUCCUGCGACUUGAUCGUGUUGUUUGCAGUGUGAACGUAGCGCUGGCUCUCUCAGUGGGUCGUGAGUGCCGGAUCCAUCUGGUGAUAUGCAUACGUACGCACGUGUGUCUCAAGGUGAUGUAUGAAGAGAAGCAAAUUUGUAAUUGUGUUGUGUUUAAUGUGGCGAUUGGGCACCCUAAAAUUCCAACUUCCAUAAAACAAAAAGAAAGAACAGAUGUGUUCACAGCUGGUGGCUUUGGUGCUCGUGUUUCAUGCUGCCCGUCUGAGCACUGUAAAUGUUGUGUGGUAAAACCUGCACAAAUGUCCCACUUUAGUACUUUAGAUCAAGUUAUAAAAUACUUCCUGUAGUUUAUCUACAUGCAUAUGCAUAUUGCACAUGGAAUUCAUGUAUGCUGCACUUGAAAAGAAAAGGCCAUACUUCACCCCGAACAUCUUUAUAAAACCGAUGCAAUUCAAUGAAUUUAAUUAUGGUUGAAUGUAAAUUUUUUUUCUUCUGUGGGCCUUAAUAAGGUAUUAAUGACCAAAAACCAUCUGCAAACGUGCAUAAUAGUGGUUUUUACUAAACAUAGAGCCCAUGAGCAAUAUAUUCUAUCUCUCAUUUUAAUGCAAGUAUACAGGGAAUAUAUUUCUAAGAAAAGCUGUGUGAUGCAUUGCCUUAAAUGUAAUGAAUGCAGGGGAGUUGUGCAGGUGAAUACUUGUUAGUAUUACAUGAAGCUGAUGAGCCUUUGUGUAAAAGGUGACCUGCUUUCCACGUGAUGUUUCUUUCAUUUUCACCACAGUAUUUACCUUUUAAAACCCAAACUCACAAGACGUCUUUGUAAACUGCAUUUUGUGCUGCCGUCUGUUUAUAUAGAAAUGUUAAUCGUACUAAUAAUAAGUCAUCUGUGUUCUGUACGGUGUCUCCACCAACUAAUUCAUUAACACACAACUUCCAUGUCAGUGCAUUUAACCAUUUAGAAGAAUACUACUGCAUAUUGAAGCUACUAACUAAGCAAUGUUGAGUAAUACUAUUUUCAACCAUAUUUUGUACACUCAAGUAGCACUUAACAUUUUUUAACAAUUUAACAAAUUUCAAUUUGAUUUUGUCAUGCACUAACCUAUCCAUUCCACGUGUUCAUUUUUCAAAAGUGAUCUUCUGUGUUGUAGAUCUCAAAAACAGACUGACAAACACCCCGACCCAUCCUGCGUUAGUUUCAGACCAAACGGGAUCGGAUGUUGGACUCAAACCUCCACCCAGAUCCCAAGUUAAAUUUAGCUGUUCAAAGCAAUCGCGAACAAGAAGCAAUAUUAUUGUAUCACUGCUGCUUAGGGCAAACACAGACUCUGACUGCACUCAGAACCGGGAAACAAACGGACGUGCGCCGCCGGGGCCGCAGGUCUCGACCAUCGUGACUGAACGUCUCUGCUCAGCGUGAGGAACCAGCUGCUGGACCACAGCCUGCAGACUCUUGGCUGAGCAUCGCUGCUGUUUACUGUGUUUCUGCUAAAUAAGGAUCUUCUGAAGUAUUUGUGACACGGUUAUUUUCCUAGCGUGUGAACGCACUUGCUCUGAUCUUGAAUUUGGACCGGGACUCGAUGUGAGUUCGGACUCAAACUGGACUCAUUGUUCAGUGUUCGCGACGAGCCUGCGAUGUGUGAAUAACCAGAAUUUGUCGUUUAAAUCCCCUCGUGUGUCGAGGUUAACGCUCUAAAAGCACUUAGUUCACUUGUUAGAUACUUUCCUAUCCAAUACUUUGUUGCCAUAAAAAAAUAUAUAAAUUAAAUAAAUGCAUGGAGUGUGCUGCUCAAGCUCAGACUCCCACGAUGCACUCAGCCCACCAGCAUUUCAUGCAGAUAGUAGAUAGUAUUUUUAUAGUUUGGAGCUCCUUGUAGUUUGGGUUUAAUUCUCUGAGGCUUUGACUGGCGACUUGUUAAUUUGUGGAAACAGGGACCACUUCCAGUCACCGAGGCCACGGCUCGACGUGCUCGCCGACUGUACGUGGUGAUUCUCCAAGAGGGAACGCAGCAGUCUGUACAAUCACCUCCUACCAAAUGACACUGCCCCCUGCUGGUUUCCAAACACCCAGACCAAAAUGUAAAAGCCAAGCCCCACCACCCCCACACACACACACUUUCACAGGGAGCGGACACCGAUCCUCUUUUGUAAAAUCUAAUGUUUCUCUCCAUCAAUCGGAGGAAAUUUAGUUUCUUUGCUGUUUUGUAUGAAGGUCGUCAAAGUCUGUAAAUGUGACUGAAGUGACUUGAUGCUGCUUGGAUGGAAAAUGAAUUCAUGCUUUUUUGGGGGGGUUUUAUCAUUUCACUUUAGUUCCUCUAUAUUCUGUUUGAGUAUAUAAAUAUAUGAUGAUUUCCACAACACUGUAAUGCUGUGAUGCUGAAGGGAAUACCAUUGAAUUUCAGUGUUCAGAUGUGGGUUUUUUUUGUUGUUUUUUUUGUACAAUCCCACUUUAAUAUGAAUCUAUGAGCGCUAUUUUCCCCUACAGCCGCAAACUAUAGAUGAGUUUCUGGCUUUUAUUCCUUGAAACUUUUUUUUCCCCAGGAAUGCAAAUACCUGAAAUUGAGCAGAGAGAGAGAGGAAUAAUUCCUCUUGAGGACGGAGCAGAAGCGCAGCAGCGGUUCAAAUUAAAUUUUUGAAAUCAAGACGUAAUCCCUUUUGAAUGUCCUGUGUUGAAAAUUUACUAAAACAUCUUUUCUUUGUUUUUUUCUUCUCAAUGUGUUUCAAAUCACCUGUAUCACUUGUUGAAACUGUACUGCACAUGCGUUGUAUUGUAACACCAACUUUGAGAUGACAUUUCAGUUUAUCUUGGCUCAAAAAUCAGCCGUGUUUUAUCUAACGACCAAAAAAAGAAAUGAUUAUUGUUUUUCCACGGUGAUGAUUGUAAUUAUUAUGAUAACCGUUUAUUUCAAAUCCAGAUAAAUGAGGGUUGAUUUGACAUGUGUACACCGUUAGCCUUAUCAGUUAUAUUAGCACCUCACUUGUAUUUUGUUUCUUUUUCGUUUCUUUCUCUGUGUGUACAUGUAGAGACAGUUUAUCAGUAGAUAUUAUUUUUUAGUUUGCUUUUAUUAUUAUUAUUAUUUUUUGACCAAAUAUACCACAGAGGUCAAAUUUCAAUGAGGAUGAAAUGCUGUACUUCUUUUCUCUCGUAUUAUCUCUGUAAACGCACAUCACUUUUGUCGCUCGAAAUAAGGAAAUAUUCAAGUGUUCACUUUGGGGGAAAGAUGUGGCUGAAAAUUAUGUUGUCAAUUACUGUAUGGCUUGAUGAUUAUUUUUUUUUUUUUUCCAGAUGUAUUGAACUGAUGAACAUGAGGGGUUUAAAUGUUGUUAAGGGCCCAGCAGAAACCGUAACCGUCGGCUAAUUUAAUUUUAGAUUACACUGUCGAGUAGCUGAUUACACGCGGACUUUUAGUACUUGAAUUGUCCAGUGAGGAACGUGGGAAUCAAGUCGACAAUUCUGGGUAGAAACUAGCAGCUGGUUAGCAGAAGUGACAGCAGAUCGCACUUUGAGUUGUACGAACUUUUCCCAGAGGCGGAAAUAAUCUCGUCAGUUGAGUUAAAUCUCGGUGCUCGGAGCCGAAGAACCAAAGCAUUUCUGGCAAAGUAACAUUAGACUGAAAAAGGUCAUAAGUAACAGGACAAAGGCAAUAUUCAUAUAUAUCAAUACAACUUGAAAAUGUUGACUCUAAGUGGAAACUAAAGUAGGCUAACAUUGUGUUUCUUCAAGCCUGUAUCAAAAUGCUAAAUUGUUAAUUUAGCAAAACAAUGUUAGUUAGUUUUUGGUUAAAAGUAUCAAUCAUUCAUUUAUUUAUGUUACAGUCGUCAUUUUCCAGUUAGUUCAAUGUUUUUUACCUCCUAGUCCAAUAAUAAAUCAGAUAUUGACGUGAAUAUUAGCCUACUUGUAGCAUUUGACAUAAAGGGGCAUUUCUUUGUCAAACUAGCCAUGAUACUAGCCUCUAGCUAGCUAGUCAAACUAGUUAGCAAACCUGCUGAUCUUCAGACAUCACAAACGAAUAACAAAUUGCCAUUUAUUUGUUUUUACUCAAAUUUGACUUGAGCUCCUUGCCAUUUAAGUUAGCCAAAUGCGCCAAAAAAAAAAGCGACUCUUUGGCUCCGCUCACCGACCCUAAACUCAACCGAGGAGAUUAUUUCCGCUUCCGAGAAACGUCUGUUCACCUAAAAUGCGAAUCUGUGAAAUGUCAGUAGACUCUGUGGCAGAAUAUUCACCAGAUGUCCCCUUUCUGAACGUUGAAAAAGAUUAGCGUGGUUUGCUGCUGGGAGGCUAAAGCUAACCUCAUCAGAUUAUUAUUAUUAUCACUUGAUGGUCGGUUGUUAAGCUACUGUGCCUUAUCGUGCUGUACCGGACAUGUAGAGAAGCUUUUGACUGUCGUGUCGAUGGCGUCGCGUUUGUUCACAAAUCUAAAUUUAACAGCAAUAUUUCAGUGACGUUUCCGUGUCGACUCCUGCCGCCUGUCUGUUUACAAAUCUCCUUUUUUCGCCAGUGUUUCGUCUCGUAAAAAAUAAUCACAUAAGGCAAAUUAAUGUGAAAUCCAUACCUGUCUGCUGUCGCUAACACAUCGAGCUCCCGUGGUCGUGUAAAAAGUAAAGCUAACAGAAACGCGCUCCGACGUAUUUUUGUGCUAAAUAUCUUGUGGUGCAACAUUUAGUCAGGGAAGCAAACGUCCCCACUGCGUUUCGGGGACUGUCUCGUCUCGUAAUUCGGACCCCGGGGUCCCGUCCCGUCCCAUCUCGUUGGCGUCCCGUCUCGUCUCGCUCGUCGUCGUCCCGUUAGCCCUCCCAGUAGCAGCCUCGCCGUAAAAACUCGCUCGCCAGCGGAGCUUAAACGGCGUCAAAUCAACUCUUCAGAUUGUGUCAGAUGUUCCAUGCACUACCUCUGCAGCCGUCAUGUCAGAGUGAGGAAGCACCACACGGGUAUAGAAAACUGAUUAUUACGUUUUGUUUUGUUUUUGUUUUUUUGUUUUUUUUUUGUAAUUCUAAUAUAAAUGAUAUCACAAUAGCUCAAUAAAGUAUAUAUCCAAACACA